AUGGGACAUACUGCAGUACACGUAUUCAUAUUGUGCGUCUUCGCGUGGGGAAACAGCGUCAAGGCGCUGGCGAUGAACGAGGUGUCCAGUCUGGUCUCAUCUGACGUGGAGCCUCAGAUUGCCAUGUACUGCGGCCGCGUGCUGCUGUACAUGGACCAGCACAGCGGUCAGUGGGAGCCGGACCCAGAAGGACGACAGGGCUGCUUCACGGAGCACAGCCAGGCCCUGUCCUACUGCCAGGAGAUGUAUCCCAAUCUGCAGAUCUCCCACGCUGAGGAGGCCCAUAAGCCAGUCACCAUCCCCCAGUGGUGCAAGAAGGGCUGGGGCCACUGUCAGAACCACGCCCCCAUCGUGGUGCCCUACCGCUGCAUGGAGGGCGACGAGUACGUGAGUGAGGCACUGCUGGUUCCUGAUCGCUGCCGCUUCCUGCACAAAGAGCAGAUGGACAUUUGUGAAAGCUAUGUGUACUGGCACAACAUCGCUAAGGAGGCCUGCAGCGCGGACAGUCUGGAGCUGCACAGUUAUGGGAUGCUGCUCCCGUGUGGAGACCACUUCAGGGGGGUGGAGUACGUGUGCUGCCCGGGACGCAGCUCCAACCGCCUGGAGUUAGAGCCUGCUGAGGCCCACGAGCUCCCAGAGAUCCUCACGUCCCAGAGCGGAGGCCGAACCAGCCCUGGACUGAAGGUGCCUACUCCGAGUCCAUCCCCUGAACCAGAGCUGGACGAAGAGGAGGAGGAAGAGGAGGUGGUGGAAGAAGAGGAGGAAGAGGAGGACGAGGAUGAUGAAGCUGUGGACGAUAACGAUGAGGAGGAAGAGGAGGAGGUGGAGCUGGAAGAGGAUGAAGAUGAGGAGGAGGGAGCAGUGAAGGACCCAGAGGACUACGAGUUCACCAUCGACUCAGUGACCACGGCGCGGCCCACAGACGGAGUGGACGUGUACUUUGAGAAGCCAGUGGACGAGACGGAGCACGCCAACUUCCUGCGCGCCAAAACAGACCUGGAGGAGCGGAGAAUGAAGCGCAUCAAUGAGAUUAUGAAAGAAUGGGCUGAGGCGGACAACCAGUCAAAGAACCUCCCCAAGUCUGAGAGGCAGGCCCUGAAUGAGCACUUCCAGUCCGUGCUGCAGACGCUGGAGGAGCAGGUGGCCGGAGAGAGGCAGAGACUGGUGGAGACUCAUCUGGCUCGAGUAGAAGCCAUUUUGAACAACAACCGCCGCCUGGCUCUGGAAAACUACCUGACAGCCGUGCAGUCCAACCCCCCACAGCCAGAGCGCGUGCUGCAGGCCCUGAAGAGGUACAUCGCCGCGGAGCAGAAGGACCGCAGACACACGCUCAGACACUACCGUCACAUUGUGGCCGUGGAUCCACAGAAGGCAGAGCAGAUGAAGUUCCAGGUUUACACUCACCUCCACGUGAUUGAGGAGCGCAUGAACCAGAGCCUGGCCCUGCUCUACAAAGACCCCACUCUGGCCAAAGAGCUGCACAGCGAUAUUCAGGAGCUGGUGAAGGCCGAGCUGGGGGACAUCAGCGAGCUCAUGACCACCUCCUUCUCCGAGACACGGACCACCGAGGAGCUGCUGCCUGCGGAGAGCGAAGAGGUGAAGGACGACGAGGCUGAAGAGGAGGCGGCCUUCCACAACAGGCCCUACCCCCCACGCAUUGAUCUGCAGUCGAAUAAGAAAGUAGAUGAAUAUGACGACAGCACGUCUGAAAGAGGCAACAACUAUGAGUAUGAGGAAAAGAGUAACACUUCUGCUGAACUCAAGCUCCUCGACUCAAAGCCUCCAGAAAUCGAGAGAGACGAACUGCAGCCCGAUGCCCUGGAGACCUUUAACCGCGGGGCCAUGGUGGGACUGCUGGUCGUGGCCGUCGCUGUCGCCAUGGUGAUGGUGAUCAGUCUGCUGCUUGUGCGUCGGAAGCCCUACGGCACCAUCAGCCACGGCAUCGUCGAGGUUGACCCCAUGCUCACACCGGAGGAGAGGCAGCUCAACAAAAUGCAGAACCACGGCUACGAAAACCCCACCUACAAAUUCUUUGAGCAGAUGAACUGA